GUCCUUGAAAACAUCCAGAUUUUUCAAGAUUGUGUACGAAAGGAUGACAGAUUUUCUUCAGUGAUGAAAAAGAAGUGUUCAUUUCACCUUACGCUCUUUGUGAUGGAAAUAACCAGAGAAGAAGAUGUGAGCGUAGCGAUUGAUGCACUUUUGGAGUGUAAGGUGAAGAUUGAGCACAUUCUGCAGGGAAGAGAUUUGAAUCUUCAGUUUCUUGGUGUAUCUGAGUUUAAUAAUCAAGUUGUCUUUGCAAAGAUAGCUGAGGAUUCGGCAAAAGCUAAGCUUAAAGAAAUUACUGACACUGUAAAAAAUACAUUCAAAGACAAAGAGUUAUUUAAAAUAGAAAAUAGAAGUUGUAUACCACAUUUGACGCUUAUGAAGAUGGAAAGUGCUCCAGAGUUACAAGAGCAGGGAGUAAUCAUUUACCCAAGUUUGUACAGAACCUUCAAGAAACAUUAUUUUGGAAAUGAAACCAUGUCCAGACUUGAUCUUUGUUCAAUGGGCAAGGCAAGACAGCCUGAUGGAUACUAUCACACUGAGGCUUCCAUCUUUAUUGGUGUAUCAUAA